AUAAGGUAAGGGUGACUUUUUCGGGGGAGGACUAAAUCAUAUUUUGCUGCGUUAUCGUGAGUGCAGAUAAGUGACACAAGGUUGCUUCAGUACUUUAAAUAUUUAUGUAGGAUAGCAGAUCUGAGAAUAUUGGUCUCAUUACGACUCCAUGAUGUGAUAUGUGAUAGAUGAAAACACAAAGAAAAUGACUCUGCCAUCAGAUCUCGUUGAACUAGCCCAUCAUCUCAAACAGGAGAGUCUGUUUGUACAUGCCCAACGAACCAAUAUACAUAAAACAUUUGAAGAUGUCAGAAAAUACUCAGAUGAUUUGUUUCACCAGUCCUGGAUUGCAAGACAACAGCGAUCAUGUAUGUACAAGCUGUUGUUUGCUGCCAACAUAUCAGCUAAGGAAGUCUGUAGCAAUAACAACCAAUUAGAAUGGACCAAUUUUGUAGACGGGUAUAAAUAUUUGGGAUACCAAGACUCCAAAUAUGGAGAAUUUUUGAAAAUUUUAAGAGACAGCCCAAUUUAUACGGCACAUUGUAUAGAUAGUGGGGAAAAAUCUGCUGUUGAAAAUACUCAAGAUGUUCUAAGAACUAUUGUGUCAGCUGUUUAUGGCAAUGUCAUUCUUCAUGAAGAUGAACAUUUAGCAAUGCAAAUGAUGAAAACAUUAGCCGAAUUACAAUUGGCUAACGCUGAGGACCCUCGACGUUUGAUACGUAAGGGUACUUGUGGAUUUAGGUUAAUGUUUUUACAACUUUUUGACUGUCUUUUCUCAGCAAGGUUGUUUCUUACAGCAGCUCUGCAUGAAGCAGUUAUGAAGCUUAUGAUGGAGGAUGAGUGGUUUUACGAUAUUGACCCUGGGAAAGCGUUAGUCAGAUUCCCUGCUGCAGAACGGCAGAAACGAUUUGGAGCUGAAGGCACUCCUCAGUAUGCUGAAAAAUUGCAAGACUAUAGAAAAUUCAUUGUAGAUAAACUUGUUAUUUUAACAAAUAGGUUUGUGUCGGCAUUAAAAAAUAAUAUGCACUGUUUUCCGCCAGCUCUAGGAUGGCUGAUAUCCCAGGUCUAUCAUAUCCUGCUGAAAACUGGUAAACAUGACAUUGAUAAAAUCCGUGUAAUUUGUGUAGACUUAGUAUUUACAUUAUUUGUGUGUCCAGCUAUCUGUGAUCCUGAGCCUUAUGGUAUUACAUCAGAUAUACAUAUCAGUCACAUUGCCCGCCAUAAUCUGAUGCAGAUUGCCCAGAUUAUACAAGUGCUAGCUGUAUCUCAGUGGGAAGAAGAUUCUAAAGAGAAAGACUUGUAUGACAGAUUUGAAAAGGGUUGUGUAUCCUCGCUGUUAGACUCCAUUUUGGAGACAUGUGGAACAGAACUACCUAACUAUAACCAUGGUAACAGAUUACAGGUUUUGUCUAGGUCAUCAACAUUGAUCACAGUCACUCAGCUUAAUAAUCUGGUAAUUUUUUUCCGCAACAUGGUACAAAAUGGUGAAGACGAUUCACCAGAAAGGAAACAGAUUGAGGAAGCUAUGAAUGGAUUACCACCCUUGUUAAAUAAUUCCUCACAGACCAAUCAAUCAGGUACCCCUGCUGGAACCCCUCCAGGUACACCAUCAGGCCAAAGGAAGGGAGAGAAAAAGAAGGAAAAGGAGACAGUAAAAACUAAAAAGAAUAAAGAUGAGAGCAGUAUAACACAGGUUGAAGAUGUUAUUGUCAUAUCACUUGGGAAUGAUGUAGAAUGUCCAGGCAUGCUCUCUGAACAAAAAGUGUUGUCAUGGGAACAAGAAAAUAAACGCAGGAAAGUGACGUACCAUGAAGGGAUAUCUAAUUAUGUGGCUAGUGCAGAACCAGGUGAAAAAAGAACAAGGUUUUCAUUGUCUCAGGACCAAGAAUCCAUAGGUAACACCAGUGACCUACAGGAGGCAAUAUCAGAGGGAGCAUCUAGUCACUCUGUAGGCUCUGUAGACUUAGAAAAUGAUGAUGACCCAGAUGACAACUUCUCUGACAUGAUCUCAGCAAAUGUCAGUGGGCGUGGCACACCUAAUAUCAGUGGAAGAGACACACCCCCUUCUCCAGCUGGCAGUGUAGAGGCACCUGCCCAUCAGUUACAGCAGGAAACUAUACAACCAAUUCAGUUACCUGUAACUGUACCAAAGACUAACAGGGAAGAUGUUACUGAGAGAUUUGGAAAAUUUGAAAUUAAAAAUGAAUUUCCCGUAGAUGAGACUAAAUCUACAGUUAGUGAUACCUGGAGUACAGAUGUACUAGCUAGUGACUCAGAACCUCCAGAACAAAACCAGUAUGAUAGACUAGAGGAGAUAGGAGAAGAAAUUGUAAGACAGAGUUUACUGGCCAGAAAUGAGCCAUUAUCAGAACUAUCAGAAACAGCAAGUGAUGCCUGGAGUACAGAUGUACUUGCUAGUGAUAAUGAAGAUAAACAAGCAGAAGAAUUAUCAGAAUUUGAUCAGGAUGACAUUGGCAGUGUAAUGACCGAUGUUUCUUCAGUCUCUGGUGAACAUGGUAAUAUAGAAAUACAAGAAGAUACUCCCCUAGCUUCAGGUCAAGAAACUCCAGAAAAUCAGUUGGAAAAGUUUGAUACAGCUGCUAAUGGUGCCACUUCAGUGCUAAAUAAACAAAACAAAAGUAGUAAUGAGGCCAAUUUACCAUCAGCAGAAGCAAGUGUUUCAUUUGCAGAUUUCCCAAAUUAUUUCCAUGAUAAUGAUAGCUAUAGACAUGGACCCAGUGACAGCAAGCUGACAAAUGCUGGAAGUUUCACAAGUAGAUUUUUGAAAAAGAAGAGACCGAAAACUGUACAAAUGAAUGUAGAUAAUGUGUUUGAUGGGGAUGAUAAAACCAAUGACAGUGCCAAUUCCAAUAAAUUGAGUCUUCCAUCGACAUCAAAACAUACUAGAUUCCAACAAAAACUAAAAAAUUCUCCAGGAAAUUUAUCAUUUGCCGUCCCUGAAACCAGUGUUAGAAAUGUACAAUCGGAAAAUUUUGGGUCAUCUAAUGGCGACUUGGUCAAAACAUCGAUCAGCCAAGGUGCUCGUCCAAAAGUUCAACAAAGAGCCACAUAUCCAUUGUUUGACAAUCAGAGUGGUUCUGGUGAGGUUCUUCCAGUAGAGAGACGAGGAAAAAUAUCCAAUUUAGAGGCUAAUUCUGUGGAUUCAGGAAUCGGUACACCUCGGUCAGACUCUGGUAUAGAUGGCAAUUCUAGGUCAGAGGUUGCCUCAUUAAGUGAGCAAACUGGCAAUUUAAAGAUCAGUGAACAACAAAACACAAAGUUUGAUGCCAAUAGGCUUUCGUUAGCCCUCAGUAUGUUUGAUCCAGUUUCUAAUGAAAAUGCAGAGGAAGAUCAGACGCUGAUUAGUCUUGAUGAUUCUGAAACCAACAACACAGACAUCAUGAGAUCAGUACUGAACAAGAGGAGUAGUUCCAAUAAAGAUAAAAGAGAAACAGUUAUUAUUGAUGAUACAAUGUUUCCUAUUCCAAGUAAGAGUGAUAACUCUGUGGACCUUCUAGCAGCCAACGAUUUUAAUGACGAUAGUAGUAGUGCUGGGUCGGGGAAUUCGGGAGAUGAUGUACCAUUUGCUAAGUCAUCACGAUCAGCAAGCUUUGAUAACAUUUCACAGAAAUCAGAAGAAAAGGGCACUGCUGAUACUGCUGACCCAGAAGAUGCAGGUAGAACUCCAACCAAAAGUAGAAGUUUGUUUAAAUCGUUUAAAGAAAAAGUAACUAGAAGUGGAAAGAAGAACAAAGAUAAGAUUGGGAGAAAUGAAUCAUUUGAUUCCUUAGCCAGUAGUAGUUUACCUGUCAAUGACACUCCCCAGAAACCUGAAAGUUCAAAAGAAGAAACAUCAGAUGACAUAUUAGAAAAGUAUAGACCAAAGCCAGCCAGUAACAUUUCAAAUUCAGGCGAAGCUAGCCAAGUGGAGGCACCACAACCAACAAAACGUCCAUCAAUUAAAGAAGAAACAAGUAGUCAACCGUACUAUGAUCCAAAUAACCUAGAAAACUGUGUUUUAUUUUUAGAUGCUAAACGUAAACUACGUUUAGUGUUGAGUAACUGUGACUGUGAUAUAGGACAAAAUGUUUUAGAUUUUGGUUUUUCGUAUGUUCCUUCUAGUCCUAAAGAAAUUGAUACUCAUAGAGACAAUAAUGAGCUGUUAUUAUUACUACGGAGUCAGUUAGCAGAGGCUAUUAAUUUACAGAACAAAGAGUCAAUAGCCCAGCUACAUGAAGCCAUUAGAUGUAUUAAAAUGUUUGAUUCAAAAGGGUGUAAGAAGUUGGUAAAUGCUUUGAAAGAUGAAUACCAGACAAGAACAGCAUAUAUAUCUUAUUUAAUAAGAUGUCAGCAAGGCCUCUUGGCUACUCAGUCUUAUGUACAACGCUUGUUAAGUCGCGUACAAAGAGACAAAACUGUGUGCAAUAAGCAUCUAGUGAAUGUAUGUGUAAGACUGUUUAUUGAAACAAAGGAAGGUUAUGUCGUCAAUUUUAUACAAGAUUUCCAGAAAUUAACAGUCUCAGAUGAAAAGACUGAUUUGGUAGAAAGAUUCUUACAAUUUCUGUAUCAACAAAUGACCAAUAAUCCUAUAUGGCAAGCAUCAACAGAAAACCAAAUGGACGAUGCCAGGUUAUCUAUAGAAAGAUAUAUUAUGAGUAGGAUAUACACACAUGCUAUGUUCCCUAAUGGUGAUGGUGAUAUAUUGAGAGAUCAGAUUCUCCACCAGCACAUAAAGAAGUUAGCCCAAAUUAUAACACCAAAUCACAAACAUUUACAGAUUCCAAAAAUGUAUCAGUUUGAAUGUCCAUGGACAGCAGCACAAAGAGAAAUCUAUAUGAUAAAUGCUUACAAGACACCAAAAGACAAGCUGAAAUGUGUCCAUAGAUGUUCCACAACUAUAAUGAACUUAUUGAGUAUGGCAAAUGAUAAAAGUGUUCCAGCAGCUGAUGAAUUCAUGCCCGUCUUAAUUUUCGUUAUUAUCAAAGCUAAUCCACCAUGCCUCUUAUCCACGGUUCAAUAUGUCAACAGUUUCUACGGUAACAGAUUACAAGGAGAAGAACAGUACUGGUGGAUGCAGUUUUCGUCUGUUGUAGAAUACAUCAAAACCAUGGAUUAUUCAGAUUAACCAAAUGUUUAUAUUUUUAUUAAUAAAUGUAUUAUUUAUUUAUUCAUUGUGAGCAUGUGUCAGAUUUAUGUUUUGCUAUAGAAUUUUAUUUUAUUGGUUAAAAUGGGUGUUAUAGAAGAGGGCAUGUAAAAGUUCUCAUGUUUUAUGUUUGACUGUUGCUUAAUUGUAUAAGAAAUGUUAUUAUGUUUUUGACUUGUUUAAUUAUUUAUUUGUCAACAAGAAUUUGUUUUUCAUCCCAUAUUUCAUAUCAACAGAUUUCUGACCUUGGGGAAGCUUACAGGCUGUAAUGGCAUGAAUGGAUAGCACUAGUUGAUAAUUAUUUAUAUCAAAUAGAGAUUAGUUAUUAUACAAUUCUGCAUUCUUUAAUUCUAGGGCUGUUCCAGAAUUAAACGCAUGGGGGCACUUUUUUUCUUAGACCCCAACCACCCAUAAAAUAAAGUUAUCAUUUAACUUAUAUAAUUCUUACAAACUCUUACACAAAAUGCAACCACCCACAAAUUGUUGGUUUGAAUGCCUCCCAUCCCCUUAAAUGUACAAUUUAUAUGUAGAUUUUGGCAAAAUUAGAUGAGCUAAGGCCUUACCCAAAAAGAUAUGUUACCCACGUUAACCUCUUUGUAAAAGACAUCUUGUAGAAAAAAAAUAUUUGGUUAAGGCCUUUGCUCAUAUCUAAAUAUUGAUUUCAAGAUUCAAAAUGAGGAUAUUUUUUGGCAGUUUUCGCCGUGUUCCUUUAAGAUACAUUACAUAAAUGCUUGAAGUUUGAAGCCCUAAUGCAAAUUUAUUGGACAGAAUUCAGAUAUAUAAAAACUGAUAACUGGCAGAUAAAUGUCUUAUGAUUUGAAGGAAGUUUUUUGACAGAUUGAUAAUAAUCUGUUAAAAUGCAGAGCAUGUGUUGUAUCAUAUGAUUUGAAACUAAGGAUCUGCACAACAGUUUCAACAAGCUCCUGUUUUCACACUUCAUGCUUACCUUGGGGUAAAAAAAAUCAUAAAAUUUUGCAAGGAUGGGCAGCAUGAAAAAAUUGUUUCAAGGUGUAUCAAGAUUGUUUUUUCUCAGAUUGUUAGAAUCAUACAGUAUUAAUCUCUUUGUUUAUUAUAAAUUUAUUUUUUAGUUUUUAUGGUGUAACCUCAGGUUAUAUACCAAGACUGCAAAUUACAAAUAAAACUAUUUGAAAUUUAUCUUUUCUUUUGAAUUCAAUCUAGGGUUUUGCUUACGUAUUUUAACAGUUAACAGUUUUAUAUAUUGAAUUCACUUGAUAUAUAUUGAUACAGUAACUUUGUCAUGGAAUAAAAUUUCCUUUAUAACAUUAGUUUUAAACUGAAGAAAUGUUCUGGAAUAUUAUUCCCACUGGAAGAAAUAUUGCAGUAUUUGUUCCUAACGGAAUAAAGGCUAUAGCAUAUUUAUUCCAACAGGAAUAGAUAUUAUAUUAUUGUUUAUAACAAAAUUUCCAGAGGAAUCUGUAAGUAGGAACAAAUGUAAGUUGACAACUACACACAAAUAUAUCAUAACAAGCAGGACUAUUUUUUGUUGCUGGUAUAUAUUUUUCAUAUAAUUAGUACAGUUCUAGAAUUCUGUCUUCUUGUUUUAAGACUAAAACUGUUAUAUAAAUUGAAAUUAGAAUUUAUCUGUAGAAAUCAUUUUAAACAAUAGUUUGAAUUGUUACCAGAAAUUUACAUUUUCUUCAUAAUCUAUUAAAAUGUACUAGAGGACCAAAGAUGUGAUAAAAGCUAAUAAAAUGUUUUUUAACAUAUUUUUGGUUGCUGGUAUAUAUUUUUCAUACAAUUAGUACAGUUCUAGAAUUCUGUCUUCUUGUUUUAAGACUAAAACUGUUAUAUAAAUUGAAAUUAGAAUUUAUCUGUAGAAAUCAUUUUAAACAACAGUUUGAAUUGUUACCAAAAAUUUGUAUUUUCUUCAUAAUCUAUUAAAAUGUACAAGAGGACCAAAGAUGUGAUAAAAGCUAAUAAAAUCCAUAUUUUCAUUGUUCAGUUAGCUUUAAAGUAGUUAGGUUUAUCUUCUUUUUUGUUUGUUAAAAUGUAUAUUUUUUUAAAUAUAGAAAUUUAAAUGUUUUUGUGUUGCCACAGUUAAGGAAAAAAUGGCCAACAUUAUUCAAUUUUAGCAUGAUUGUUUAGAGAUUGAAAUAAGAAGGUUUGCACAUGGUACAGUUGAGUAAAACAAGUCUAUAUUAUUAACUAUAAGCAUAAUUUUGAUAAGUAUUCCACAGAUGGAAAUGACAGGGUUUGCAUAGACCUUAUUGCUAUUUGUUUGCCAUUACUGGAAGUCACAGUCAUUCCCAUAAGAAUUUGACGUCACAAGCGGGAAUGUCUGAUGCCACAAAAUAAAAGUGAAUGUUGUAUGACGUCAAUAGAUCAAGUGUUGCAAAUUCUUGGGUCAAGUGACGAAAGUGUCCAAAUAAUGAUCAGGUGUAUUGUGUCACAGCGAAAAUAAGCUAAAUUUUGUGAAUUAAAACAAGCUUCAAGGAUUGACAGGGUUUGAAAUGUUUUACAAUUCAGUAAAAUAAUCCAACAUUUUUCGAUUAAAACAAGGUUUUUUUCAGGAUUGAAAUAACUUUGUUUGUUGUUAUAUUCAGCAAAAUAAGUCAGCAGGAUUGAUAUGUAAAUCUUUUUUUUUUAUCAGCAUUGAAGACAAUAGUUAAAUCAACUAGCCUAACUACUUGUUGUUUCCCAUUCAUUUCAAACAAACUUUUCUAAAAAAGGGGUAGGAAAAACUUCCCCAUCAGUUAUUUCACAAAAAUGGUAAUAUUUGAAAGUGAACAAUGUUAAAAUUCAAGGUGUUACAGCCUCACAUGUUUACUUUAAGAUUAAGAACAACAUUUUGUCAUGUUUAUGAGUAUGCGUAUUUAAUCAAAUAAAAAAUUCAUACAGAUGGCAUUCAGCUGUUACAAAUUUUUAGCAUUAAACUAUCUAAAAAAGCAAAUUUAAAGGUUUUUUACAAAAUAAAACAGAAAAUCUGUGUAUUGAUGUGUUGUCUCUCUUGUACAAAUAAAUUCAUUAUGGUUCAAAAUGGCCUUCAAUGCUAAAUUUUACAUACCUGCAAAAUAUUUGCUAUUUUCAUCAAAAUUGUCUUCAGCAGUAAAGGAUUUUAUAAAUAUUUUGAAUAAAAUUACAAAAUCUUUUCAGUAUAAAAUAUUUACUUCAAAAUCUUGUUCCACUUUGUUUCAUAAAAUUUCCAGUUUUAAUCUAAUGAAUAAAACAAAUGCAGGUAAAUGCUGCCAUAUGUCUGUGUUGCAGAGGUUAAAUUCUGUAGUCUAAAUUUGAGCAUUUUAAAAAAUAACAAAACUGUAAGGAUUUCUUUUUUUUUCUAUUUCUAGUUCUUUGGUAACUAGUUUGCCGAAAAAUCCUUGAAUUUGCAUUCAUUAUUUCAUAGAAUACCCAAGAGUUUUUGGGUGGAACUCAAAACAAACUUUUAUUUGAAAUACAUUGUGUUGAAUGCAGAUGUGUUUAUGCAGAAAAGUAGAAAAAAAACUUAAAAUACCCCCAAAAAAUGCAAUUAAGAAACUUUCUCUUAAUUUUCUUAAUAUUUUCAACCUAUUAAAGUAGUCAUUUAUACUAAAAUAAAAACCUCCAUGACUUCUUUUUCCUUCAUUGAACUGACCGUCUUGUUUGUGGAUUCAUCAUGUAUUUUCCAUCAUAUUACACAAUUGUACUGCAUCUAUUUUCUUAUGAAAAAAAGAAUUUAGGAAUUUUACAUUAAACAUCUACUUUACGGCCUUUGUUGAAUUAUAUCUAGAUGUUGAUAAUUAUAAAAAAAAGAUUAUUGUUUUUUGCAUCUACUUUAAUUAAUGAUAUAUGAAGGUGCUGUGAUUUAAUUAUAAAUAAAAAGUAUGUGCUUGUA